CCAGCUUUCAGGCGGUUACGUGAUAAUUUGGCGCCACCGUGUGGAAGAAAUUAGUAGAAACCAUGAAAAAAAUUACCUACAUUUUCUGUCCCAUUUGCUUUGCCGUAGCCAGUUCUAACGUGAACCGUAUGGUAAAGAAAAAAAGAGCUUCGAAUACUGUAUUUUGUCGGAUACCCCUUUGCUGUAACAGCAUCAAUGCCUCGCUUUGCCCUGGAUGUUUGCGCUCAGUGCCAGCAGAGAGGGCUUUUGCAGUAGCUCGCACCGAUGGUUCUAGACGUGGGAGCUACAGGAAUGGGAUGAUCCACAUGUUAACUAAUAGCUGUUAAAAAAAAAGGAUGUAUUUAUUUUAAGAGAUUACUUCAAACGAUACAUCCAUGAAGAUGUAUCUCCGUGACUCGCUGUGACUCGCGCUCUAUGUCCAUUGUGUGAAGAAGAAUGUCUCCACCGCUGUCGACUCUGCUGUCCAGGCUGUGGCUGUGCUUGGUUCUGUCCGGUGCUGCUAGGCCGAUGUGGAAAGCUUGUGACAAUGGCAAGCUCUUGCUGGGGAGAGACCUGCCCCCGUCAGUUGUGUGGAGCUGUCCUGUGAUUUCCUGGCCAGAGUCCACUACCCAGAAGAUUCCUAGCAUUGACACAAAGUAUCCCCCACAGCGGAUCGAGCACGUCUGCAUGGACACACCCAUCACAUACAAUCACACUAUCCCCAACAGUGGUGCUCACCGGACUGUAGGGGCAGAGAGUGGAGAGUACCUGUACUGCCCCCCUCAACGCUGGCUCAACAACCUGCAGCAUGGAGCAACAGUGUUACUGUACCAUCCGUGUGCUCCUGUUCGUCAGCGUGACCUGCUGUCUGUCCUGGGCCACCGCUGUCUGUCUGACUACAUCAUAACGCCACACCCUGACCUCAGCACACACCGGCCGUUAGCGCUGGUGUCCUGGGGUCGCACGCUGGAGCUGUCCCAGGUGACCACGUCGGAGGUCUGUGAUUGGCUGCAGUUGACAGCGGCACACGGGAACCGUGGCGACGUGGAUCAAAGCAGACAGUAUAACUUGCUGUUGACCCAUCCUGCAGAUCAUAAACACGCAUGCCCAAAGCUAAAGUCUCUGAGGCAGUGCUGUGAGGAGACCCUCUCUCUUCUGGAUGGAUGGUUGGAGGUGACAGACUGGGGGAGAGGGAGGGUCCGCAAGAGCCGAGCUGCACUCAGGAAGGAGGGGAAGGAGAAAGAGAGACAGACCACCCUGGACAGAACCGAGCCGAACAGAGUCCAGAAACAUGGAACCACACUCCAACCUGAAGCACAGGGCCAAGCCACAGUGAGGGCUACACAGGGAGGCACGGACCGAGGACUCAAAGUGACUCAACCUCACCGCAUAGAAAAUGACACUAAUGAAAAAGAUCCCAGAGGCAAAGUGAGAGAAACAGACUGGGUGAACCAGAACGAAGCAGAGGACAAGAGCAGCAGACACGAGGGAGAGACACAGCCCCGUAACUCUCCAACCAAGAGGAAAAAGCCUCUGUCUCAGAGUCAGCCCAAACAGCUGGCUGUCACUCAGGCAAACAGCCAGGACAGGAGAGCAGACUGUGAUGUUAGGGUGGGCCACUGCAAGUACACUGAGACCGUAGCUCCACUAGGAGGCGCCGUGGCUGGACCCGGUGACAGGAUGCUGCCCACUCCGCGGACAGACGAGGCGGUGUGGGCAGCGGCGGCGUUGGGCUUCCUCCUGGUGCUGCUGGUGCUGUCCGUGCUGCACACACGCCUCUACCGCCACUGGCGCACAACGCCCAGCAUGUACUGGCACGACCCCAAGCAGGACUACGACAGGGUGGCAGAUGUGAUCCACAGGAGGCUGAAGAUGCCAGGGAGGAGGAAGAGAAGGGCAUCCAAGAGCCGAAGACAGGAGUGUGCCCUCCUACCACCCAGCUCCAGCACAGAGGAGGACGAGUAGAAACAGCGUCUGUCCACACAGAAUGCAGACACCAAAUCUUGGAAGCAUCAGGGAGUGUAUUUUGUUUGGGUUGGUGACGUCGGGUCUGGGUGCCGCUGCCGAAGGAACCGUGGAUUCCUCAACCGGCUCCCGCGCCUCAGCCGGCAAGUCGGACUCCCAUCCCACGUCAUGCCUUGGCCGGCCCCCCGGGGGGGGGGUACUGUCACACCUGCUCCCCCUCUCUGGCGCUUGAUGUGGCAAAUCAUUACGCACACCUGUCACCAUCGUUACGCGCUUCAGCACUUCAUGGGACUCACCUGGACUCAAUUACCUUAUUGAUUGCCUGCACUAUAUCUGUCACUUCCUCAGUUUCUUCCCCGUGUUAGCAGUAAUGUCGUUUUGUGCCCCUUGUCCAGACGCUGUCCUUGUUUUCUCAUGUCCGUUAUUUAUAAAAUGUUCACUCCCUGUACUUGCCUCUGUGUCUUUCCUCACACAAAUAGCACUUACACAGCCUGGAGGUGUGUUGGGUAUUGUCCUGUUAAAAACAGAUGAUAGUCCCACUAAGCGCAAACCAGAUGGGAUGGCGUAUCGCUGCAGAAUACUGUGGUAGCCAUGCUGGUUAAAUGUGCCUUGAUUUCUAAAUAAAUCAGUGUCACCAGCAAAGCACCUGCACACCAUCACUCCUCCUCCUCCUCCAUGCUUCACGGUGGGAACUACACAUGCGGAGAUAAUCCAUUUACUUACUCUGGGUCACACCAAGACACAUCUGGAACCAAAAAUCUCAAAUUGGACUCAUGAGACCGAAGGACAGAUUUCUACCGGUCUAACGUCCAUUGCUCGUGUUUCUUGGCCUAAGCAAGUCUCUUAUUCUUAUUGGUGUCCUUUAGUAGUGGUUUCUUUGCAUCAAUUUGACCAUGAAGGCCUGAUUCACGCAGUCUCCUCUGAACAGUUGAUGUUGAGAUGUGUCUGUUACUUGAACUCUGAAGCAUUUAUUUGGACUGCAAUUUCUGAGGCUUGUAACUCUAAUGAACUUAUCUUCUGCAGCAGAGGUAACUCUGGGUCUUUCUUUCACGUGGCAGUCCUCAUGAGAGCCAGUCAUCAUAGCGCUAGAUGGUUUUUGAGACUGCACUUGAAGAAACUUUAAAGUUCUUGAAAAUGUUCUGUAUUGACUGACCUUCAUGUCUUAAAGUAAUGAUGGGCUGUUGUUUCUCUUUGCUUAUUUGAGCUGUUCUUGCCGUAAUAUGGACUUGGUCUUUUACCAAAUAGGGCUAUCUUCUGUAUACCACCCCUACCUUGUCACAACACAACUGUUUGGCUUAAAAGCAUUAAGAACAGAAAUUCCACAAAUUUACUUUUAACAAGGCACACCUGUUAAUUGAAAUGCAUUCCAGGUGACUACCUCAUGAAGCGGAUUAAAAAUGCCAAGAUUGUGCAAAGCUGUCAAAGGCAAAGGGUGGCUACUUUGAAGAAUCUAAGAUAUUUUGAUUUGAUUAACACUUUUUUUGGUUACUACAUGAUUCCAUGUGUUAUUUCAUGGUUUUGAUGUCUUCACUAUUAUUCUACAAUGUAGAAAAUAGUAAAAAAUAAAAACCCUUGAAUGAG